CCGCCCAUGGCCCCCUGAGCCGCCGCCGCUGCCGCCGCGCCCGGGCGGCCAUGAAGCCGCUGGAGAAGUUGCUGAAGAAGCCGGGCUCGCACCUGCCCGCCCGCCCCCCCGCACCGGCACCGGCACCGGCAGCGCGGCGGCAGAGCCUAUCGCGCCCUCCCGCAUCGCCCGAGGAACCGGCGGGGCCGGCGGGGCCGCAGCCGGGGGGCGAGGGCCGGUGGCUGGAGCUGCGUCCCCCCGAGGCUCCGCUUCGCUCCCCGGAGGACCCCUCCCCGGGAGGCGACCGGGACCGGGAGCCACCGAGCCCGGAGCCGCCGCCCGCCGCCCGUUGCUGCUGCGGCUGCGGCCCCGCCGCUCCCGCGCCCCCCGAGCGGCUCCUGACCGCGCUCCUGGAGCGGCUCCCGGCGGGCGGAGCUCACGGCCGCGGCUGCGGAGCAGAAUCGCUGCUGGAUGACAUCGUGCUCACACACUCGCUCUUCCUGCCCACGGAGCGCUUCCUGCAGCAGCUGCACCAGCACUUCGUGCUGCCGCGCUGGGAGGACGGGAGCGGGCUGCGGCGCAAGCGGGCGGUGCUGGCCGUGCUCCUGCACUUCCUCGAGACCUACAAGGGGCUGCUGCAGGAGGAGGAGAGCGCAGGGAAGGUGAUCAAGGAGCUCUACCUGCUCAUCAUGAAGGACACAUCCCUGUACCGCGACCUGGAGGAUGAGAUCCUCAAACUGCACCAGCUCGUGGAGACCGUGGAGCUCAAGGUGGCCGACGAGACCCCCCCCCCGAACAAGCAGGUGAAGCCGCUCUUCAGGCACUUCCGCCGCAUCGACUCCUGCCUGCAGACGCGGGUGGCGUUCCGGGGCUCCGAUGAGAUCUUCUGCCGCGUGUACAUGCCCGACCACUCGUACGUGACCAUCCGGAGCCGCCUCUCGGCCUCGGUGCAGGACAUCCUGGCCUCGGUCACCGAGAAGCUGCAGUACUCGGAGGAGCAGAGCGCCCGCGAGGAUGCUCUCAUCCUCGUCACCGUGGCCUCAUCCGGAGAGAAAGCCGUGCUGCAGCCCAGCGAGGAGUGCGUCUUCACCACCCUGGGCAUCAACAGCCACCUCUUCGCAUGCACCAGGGACACGUUCGACUCGCUGGUGCCGCUGCCGGAGGAGAUCCAAGUGGUCCCCGGGGAUACCGAGAUCCACCGCGUGGAGCCGGAGGACAUCGCCAACCACCUCACCGCCUUCCACUGGGAGCUCUUCCGCUGCAUCCAUGAGCUGGAGUUUGUGGAUUACGUGUUCCAUGGGGAACGGGGCCGCCGGGAAACGGCCAACCUGGAGCUGCUGCUGCAGCGCUGCAGUGAGGUGCAGCACUGGGUGGGCACGGAGCUGCUGCUCUGCGAGAGCCUGGGCAAGAGAGCCCAUCUGCUCAAGAAGCUCAUCAAGAUCGCUGCCAUAUGCAAGCAGAACCAGGACAUGCUGUCCUUCUAUGCCAUCGUCAUCGGCCUCAACAACGCUGCCAUCAGCCGCCUGCGCCUCACCUGGGAGAAGCUCCCAGGGAAAUUCAAGAACCUGUUUCGGAAGUUCGAGAACCUGACGGACCCCUGCAGGAACCACAAGACGUACCGGGAGGUGCUGGCCAAGAUGAAGCCCCCCCUCAUCCCCUUUGUGCCGCUCAUCCUCAAAGAUCUCACCUUCCUGCAUGAAGGCAGCAAAACCCUCCUGGAUGGCUUGGUCAAUGUGGAGAAACUGCACUGCAUCGCCGAGAAGGUGAGGACCAUCCGGAAGUACCGGAGCCGCCCGCUCUGCCUGGACCUGGAGGCCUCCCCGACCCAGCUGCAGACCAAGGCGUACGUGCGGCAGCUCCGCGUCAUCGACAACCAGAACCUGCUCUUCGAGCUCUCCUUCAAGCUGGAGCCGGGCGGCCAGUGAGGGACCGGGACCCCCAUCGGGGCCCCCCCCCCAUCCCCGGGGGGCCCGGUGCCCCCCAGCACUGACGCACUUUGGCCUGACGCGGGGUGAGGGGCACAGCCGAGCGCUGCCCCCACCCUCAGCACAAUGGGGGGGGGGGACGGGGACGACCCCCGGGUUCAUCCCUC